GAGGAGCGCUCCGGGCCGCCGGGGGAAGCGACGGGCGCGGCACAUCCGCUGACGAGCAGCGGCGGGAGAGUGAACUCUCCUUGCCAGCGCCCGAGCCCAGGUUAUCCUGAACACCAGAUGUCUAACAAUUUUCCUUGCAACGUUAGCCAUUGUUUUUCACUGCCUCCAAAAGAUCAAAAUUGCUCCAGAUAUUGGAGAGAGAUUUGAUUUAAAAGAAAAAACUUGAACAAAUGGACAAUAUGUCUAUUACAAAUACACCAACAAGUAAUGAUGCCUGCCUGAGCAUUGUACAUAGUUUGAUGUGCCAUAGACAAGGUGGAGAAAGUGAAACAUUUGCAAAAAGAGCAAUUGAAAGUUUGGUAAAGAAGCUGAAGGAGAAGAAAGAUGAGUUGGAUUCUUUAAUAACAGCUAUAACUACAAAUGGAGCUCAUCCUAGUAAAUGUGUUACAAUACAGAGAACAUUGGAUGGAAGACUUCAGGUGGCUGGUCGGAAAGGAUUUCCUCAUGUAAUCUAUGCCCGUUUGUGGAGGUGGCCUGAUCUUCACAAAAAUGAAUUAAAGCAUGUUAAAUAUUGUCAGUAUGCAUUUGACUUAAAAUGUGAUAGUGUUUGUGUGAAUCCAUAUCACUAUGAACGAGUUGUAUCACCUGGAAUUGACCUCUCAGGAUUAACACUGCAGAGUAAUGCUCCACCAAGUAUGUUGGUGAAGGAUGAAUAUGUUCAUGACUUUGAGGGACAGCCAUCAUUAUCCACAGAAGGACAUUCAAUUCAAACCAUCCAGCAUCCACCAAGUAAUCGUGCUUCGACGGAGACAUACAGUACCCCAGCUCUUUUAGCCCCAUCUGAGUCAAAUGCUACCAGCACCACCAACUUUCCCAACAUUCCUGUGGCUUCCACAAGUCAGCCUGCCAGUAUUCUGGCAGGUAGUCAUAGUGAAGGACUGUUGCAAAUAGCUUCAGGGCCUCAGCCAGGACAGCAGCAGAAUGGAUUUACUGGUCAGCCAGCUACUUACCAUCAUAACAGCACUACCACCUGGACUGGAAGUAGGACUGCUCCAUACACACCUAAUUUGCCUCACCACCAAAACGGCCAUCUUCAGCACCACCCGCCUAUGCCGCCCCAUCCCGGACAUUACUGGCCAGUUCACAAUGAGCUUGCAUUCCAGCCUCCCAUUUCCAAUCAUCCUGCUCCUGAGUAUUGGUGUUCCAUUGCUUACUUUGAGAUGGAUGUUCAGGUAGGAGAGACAUUUAAAGUUCCUUCAAGCUGCCCUAUUGUAACUGUUGAUGGAUAUGUGGAUCCUUCUGGAGGAGAUCGCUUUUGCUUGGGUCAACUCUCCAAUGUCCACAGGACAGAAGCCAUUGAAAGAGCGAGGUUGCACAUAGGCAAAGGUGUGCAGUUGGAAUGUAAAGGUGAAGGUGACGUUUGGGUCAGGUGCCUUAGUGACCAUGCAGUCUUUGUACAGAGUUACUACUUAGACAGAGAAGCUGGACGUGCACCUGGAGAUGCUGUUCAUAAGAUCUACCCAAGUGCAUAUAUAAAGGUCUUUGAUUUGCGUCAGUGUCAUCGACAGAUGCAGCAGCAGGCAGCCACUGCACAAGCUGCAGCAGCUGCCCAGGCAGCAGCCGUGGCAGGAAACAUCCCUGGUCCUGGAUCAGUAGGUGGCAUAGCUCCAGCUAUCAGUCUCUCAGCUGCUGCUGGCAUUGGCGUUGAUGAUCUUCGUCGCUUAUGCAUACUCAGGAUGAGCUUUGUGAAAGGCUGGGGACCGGAUUAUCCAAGACAGAGUAUCAAAGAAACGCCUUGCUGGAUUGAGAUCCACUUACACCGGGCCCUCCAGCUCCUAGAUGAAGUACUUCACACCAUGCCUAUUGCAGACCCACAGCCUUUAGACUGAGGUCUCUCUCUGUGGGGGCCCUUACAGGAUGGUGGACUAUAAGAUACAAUCCUGUUUGUAACCUGAAGAUCUAUUUCAUUUUUGUUCUGCUUUAUCUUUUCAUAAAGGGUUGAAAUGUGUUUGCUGCCUUGCUCCUAGCAGACAGAAACUGGAUUAAAACAAUUAUUUUCCUCUUUAGAACUUUUCAGGCAUGGGGCAGACUUUGAAGAUCAGGAAGAACUCAUUCUUACUAAGUCUUUAUCAGUUAUGUAUGAAGGAGUCAUUCCAGUGCUGGAAAAUUUAGCCCUUUAAAAUGUCUUGGAACCUUUUAUGUGCAGAACAUUGGUAUGUGUGUUAUUCUACAGAAUAAAUUCAAUAUUAUUGAUUUUAAAGGCAGAGAAGUUCUCAAAGUUAAUUCACCUAUGUUAUUUUUUGUGCAAAUUGUUAUUGUUGAACAUACUUUACUCCAAAAUAUUGUGCCAUGCAGGUGAGUUAAUUUUACUGAGAGCAACUUUACUCUGUAUUUUAAAAAAUAAGAUAGUAAUGUAUUAUAACCUUUUAUCCAAAAUAUUUUUUUGCAAGUUAAACUAGUGAAGAUGAUUUUAAUUCAGAUUGUCUUGCAACUUCAGUUUUAUUUUUGCCAAGGCAAAACACUAAUCUGUGUGUAUAUUGAGAAUUCCUUAAAAUUUACCAGACAAAGAAAUGUAACAGAUACUGAAUUUGUUAUCCCUAUUGGGUGACUAUUUAUCAAGAAGUAUACUUUUGCCCUGUUAAACAGUAGUUGUAUUUUUCUGUAUAUCUAGGCACAAGGGUGGUUUCUAAGAAGCCUAGAAGAGGAAUUUCUUUUCCUUCAUUAAUUCAUAGGGAAAGGUUUUGUAUUUAAAAAAAAAAAAAAAAACACUAAAAGCAGUGUCACUCUACCUAAUAUCUCACUGUUCUACAAAGGUGCAGUGCUUAGACUAAAUAAUGAGUGUGUUGGAAACUGCUAAAUUCUCUGUUAAAUACUGUGCAGAAUAAUGGAAACAUUGCAGUUCAUAAUAGGUAGUUUGGAUAUUUUUGUACUUGAUUUGAUGUGUGACUUUUUUUGGUAUACCGUUUAAAUCAUGUAUGUUAUGAUAUUGUUUAAAAUUCAGUUUUUGUAUCUUGGGGCAAGACUGCAAACUUUUUUAUAUCUUUUGGUUAUUCUAAGCCCUUUGCCAUCAUUGAUCAUAACAAUCGGCAGUGACUUUGUAUAGAGAAUUUAAGUAGAAAAGUUGCAGAUGUAUUGACUGUACCACAGACAUAAUAUGUAUGCUUUUUACCUAGUUAGUAGCAUAAAUAAAACUGAAUCUCAACAUACAAAGUUGAA